GCGUGCCCAACAGAGCAGUACCAGAGAAGUUCGCUGAAAGCUUCUUGCAAGUGUCUGGUGGAAUCGCCGGCGCUUAGCCCGCAGCAGCUCCUUGGGCUGGCUCUUUGAGCGUUCAGUCUUUCGUAUUCUUAUUUGGCUGUUUGAUAAGUCCGAGUUUAACUCCGGGUCGUCGUUUGAGGAAGGACUGACUGCCUGCUUGCCUGCCUUCCUGAGCUGUCCCCCUGUUUUCGCUCAGUCGACUGCGGCCACCCCGUUGGGAAUGGCAUUGCCUGUUUGAGCUUCUGGAAAGAGCUCUCCUGGUUCCCCUCUUGUUCUUCUCCUGGCCCCAGUAUUUUCCAUCCUUGCUCGAGGCGGAAAAUAAAUGAUCUCAACUUGACUGUGGAAUGGAGACAGCUGGCACCCAUAAGAACCUGAAGGAUCCUUGGGAGCUCAAGCACAAACUGGACGUGCACGCAGCCGAAUAGGAGAGUGGGACCAGCUUGCUUCUGGUGCGACCGGCUUCUGUCUCCGGCUCCUUUCGAAACAGCCUGGAUCGAGCUGAAUCGUCUUCCGCGUUCUGUGCAGUUGAGGAGCGGAAUCGCAGCAGGUAUUUCCUAUGGCUGGGAUAUACAGCUCUACUCUGAAGACCCUGGAAGAUUUAACCUUGGACUCCGGGUAUGGGGCAGGGGACUCCUGCAGGUCCCUUAGCCUCUCUUCUUCCAAGUCCAACUCCCAAGCCUUCACAUCCUCUCAGCACAGGGGCAACUGGUGGUACUAUUCAGGCUCCAUGAACAGUCGGAAUAACAGCUGGGAUACGGUGAACACUGUCCUGCCGGAGGAUCCCGAAGUUGCGGACAUCUUUUCGAGAUGUGCCAAACUGCCUGAUCUAGAGGAAUUCCCUUGGACUGAUGAGGACAUUGGGAAGAUCCUCAGAAAGGGGAAAGGGGGAGGAGGGAACAAGAGAAACUUUACCCAAGACGCGGUGAGGAGGUUGUCUGUGUUACUCAGGCGGCCGUUGAUCCGGAUUUCUCGGGAGGCACAGCGUCUGAGCGUGAUGCAUUCCAAAUGCACCAGAUUUGAGAUCCAAAGUGCUAUCAAGCUGAUCCAGAGCUGGUCGUUAUCCGAAAGCUGCGUCUUGGCAACAGUCAAGGCCCUGUCUCUGUACAGCAUGAGUGCUGGCGACGGCCUGAGGAAGGGCAAAUCCGCCCGGUGCGGCCUCACCUUUUCGGUCGGGACGUUUUUCAGAUGGAUGGUAGAUACCAGGAUCUCCGUUAGGAUUCACGAGUAUGCGGCCAUCUCUUUAACAUCCUGCAUGGAAAACCUGGUGGAGGAGAUCAAGGCCAGGGUUCUAGCGAGCCAUAGCCCAGACGGGGGCGGAGGGGGUGGGGAGAUCUCCGCCGAAGCCCUAGAGAUGGUCAUCAACAAUGAUGCUGAGCUCUGGGGAGUACUGCAGCCCUAUGAGCAUCUCAUCUGUGGGAAGAACGCCAAUGGUGUACUUUCUCUUCCGGCAUACUUUAGUUCGUACAAUGAUGGAUCCAUCUGCACCAAUGGAAGAGCCGAUGCUUAUGCACAGCUAGAACUUCGAACUUUAGAACAGUCUCUCCUGGCAACUUGUGUUGGAAGCAUCUCUGAACUGAGUGACUUGGUAUCACGAGCAAUGCAUCAUAUGCAGUAUUUGAAUACCCUCCGCCCUGGCAUGAGCCCUGUUCGACAAACCAGGCAACAGCAACAACCCAUCACUUGGUCCCCUGAUGCCCUCCAUACCCUGUACUAUUUUUUACGUUGUCCUCAGAUGGAAUCUAUGGAAAACCCCAACCUGGAUCCACCGAGGAUGGCUCUGAAUAAUGAACGGCCCUUCAUGCUUCUGCCACCACUGAUGGAAUGGAUGCGAGUAGCUAUCACCUAUGCUGAGCACCGGCGAAGCUUAACAGUGGACAGCGAUGACAUCAGGCAGACAGCCAGGCUGCUCUUACCUGGACUGGAUUGUGAACCCCGGCAGCUAAAGCCUGAGUGCUGCUUUAGUUCCUUUCGGAGGAUGGAUGCUAAGGCUGCCACUGAAAAAUUCCAGCAGGACCUGGGGUUUCGAAUGCUGAACUGCGGAAGGACAGAUUUGAUCAACCAAGCGAUCGAAGCAUUGGGACAUGAAGGGGUUAAUACAAUGGAUGAUCAGGGUAUGACUCCACUCAUGUAUGCUUGUGCUGGUGGGGAUGAAGCCAUGGUUCAGAUGCUGAUCGAUGCUGGAGCAAAUCUAGAUCUACCAGUCCCUGGUAGUUCUUCCCGAUACCCAUCAGUUCAUCCUGAUAGCCGGCACUGGACUGCACUCACCUUUGCUGUGUUACAUGGACAUAUCUCUGUAGUUCAGUUGCUCCUAGAUGCCGGAGCUCACGUUGAAGGUUCUGCUGUCAAUAGUGGAGAAGACAACUAUGCUGAGACCCCACUACAGCUGGCUUCGGCAGCAGGCAACUAUGAGCUGGUCAGCUUGCUACUGAGCAGGGGAGCUGAUCCUCUCCUGAGUAUGCUGGAGGCUAAUGGGAUGUCCUCAUCACUCCAUGAAGACAUGAAUUGCUUUAGCCAUGCUGCUGCACAUGGACAUAGAAAUGUCCUACGCAAACUCCUGACCCAACCACAGCAGUCAAAAGCAGAUGUUCUCUCACUGGAAGAAAUUUUAGCAGAGGGAGUGGAAAGUGACACCUCCAGCCAGGGAAGCUCCAAUGAGGGCCAGGUUAAGCUCUGUAAAGCCAGGAUGAAGGCUUUGCAGGAGGCCAUGUAUUACAGCGCUGAGCAUGGUUAUGUUGACAUCACCAUGGAACUCCGGGCACUUGGAGUCCCAUGGAAACUCCACGUGUGGAUUGAAUCACUCCGGACAACUUUUUAUCAGUCUCGUUAUUCAGUGGUACAGAAUCUCUUACGGGAAUUUGUCACCAUUAAGGAAGAAGAUUACAAUGAAGAGCUGGUUAAUGAUGGACUGCAGCUAAUGUUUGAUAUUCUCAGAACCAGCAAAAACGAGUCUAUCAACCAGCAGCUUGCAGCUAUCUUUGCUCACUGCUAUGGAAGUAGCCCCAUCCCGAGCAUUCCUGAAAUCAGAAAGACACUCCCAGCCCGGCUAGAUCCUCACUUUUUAAAUAACAAAGAUAUGUCAGAUGUUACUUUUCUAGUGGAAGGAAAGCUGUUUUAUGCACAUAAAGUUCUCUUGGUUACUGCUUCAAACAGAUUUAAGAUUCUGAUGACCAAUAAAACAGAACAAGACAGCCAAGGCAGCAAGAUGGUAGAAAUUAGUGAUAUGAAAUAUAGUAUCUUCAAGAUGCUGAUGCACUAUUUAUAUUAUGGAGGAACAGAAUCUAUGGAAAUUCCUACUGCUGAUAUCCUGGAGUUACUCUCAGCUGCCAGCUUGUUCCAACUGGAUGGCCUCCAACGACACUGUGAAAUACUUUGUGCUCAGACCAUCAGUGCUGAAAGCUGCGUCAACGUCUAUAAAUAUGCCAAGAUUCACAAUGCAGCAGAGCUGGCCUCCUUUUGCGAGGGCUUCUUCCUUAAGCACAUGAAUGCCCUGCUGGAACAGGAGCCUUUCAAACAACUCAUCUACAGCAGGAACAGUAAAGUUCAGGGACUAGAUCCCCUGCAGGACCUUCAGUCCACCCUGGCCAGCCGACUUCAUUCUAUUUACAUCACCUCAAGAGUGUGAUUGCCAAGUCCAUUCGCCCUGCUGGGCAAAGCUAGGAACUGCAGUCACAGCACCUGCUCAUCUAAGUGCACUGGGAGGAGACCUUACACAACUGUGGCUUCCCUGUCUGGCUCAUGGAGACACAAGCUUAUGUUGAAAGCUCCCCCGCACCCUCCAAGCAGAUACCUGCAGAGCAAAAGAUUGCCCUGGGGAGAGGAUUAGGAUACUGCAACUAUUUCAUCUGAACAAGACUGAGGGGAGCGGGAGAGAUGUUGCUAUACUGCCAGCGUGACACCAUCUCACUACAGAAGUAUUUGAAGUGGCCAUUUCAAAAGCUGCCCCAAAGCUCAUAUGCCUAUUUUCUUUUUAUUUUUGCAAGUUCCGCAUGCAAAUGUUUCCAGGAGAAAACUCAGGUGGGCAAAUUAAACCUACAGCCCAAAGUGUCCAAAACACUUCUCGUAAACAUCUGCACACAGACCACAAUUGGCAUUUAGAUAUUAACUAUAAGCUAUGCUUAUUAAAGGCUGUGGAGGCAGAAGUCUGUUAGAUUUCUUUAGAUUUUUACUUUCAGACCAACAAAAUUUUAUAAAUACAAAAUGACACACUACUUUAUUAGGUAUAACACCACCAGAAUUGGAAGGGGAAAACUAAGAGCCGGUGCUCCCGCCCCCGCAAAAAAAAAGUGCUCGCCCAUUAAGACACACAAGCUCAAUAAUGGUGCUAGAAAGUCUUAAGGCUAGUUUCUGAAGUACAUCAUCGAAUGUGUUACCCAACGGAGAUUCCAGAUUAAUUUCCCUCUGUUUUAGUUGGGCUCAGCAUUAGUCAGCAGUUAUAAGACUGAAAAGUAGUUUUUAAUUACAAAAUCCAAACUCUGUCACUAAUACUUACACAGUAACUAAAUUAUUAUGCUAUCCAGGUCAUUCCAGCUAUGACCAUAAUUACUGCAGUACUUGCUACAUUGGCUACUGCAUGAUAGAUUUCUCUCAGAUGUUGUGCAAAUACUGUUGUGUAUUAAGGGCUGGGACUGGCUUUGUCUGUUGUAUUCAAGCAAUAACCCCUUAAAUUCCUUGACACUGUGUUCCCCUGGCCAUUGUGCACUUGAAUUAUAUGCACUGAACACCAUGGCACAAAAAUGCCCCAAUCCAACUAAGGAAAUGCACACAUGUAAACAGCCUUGGGAUCUAUAUCACUGGCUGGAUUGGGCACCAUGGCCACAAGACUGGACACACAGUCAGAAGUGUCUCAAGCAAUAGAUGCCGUUUGUCUGUACUGUGGUGCUUUGAAUGGGAUGUGCAUUCCCAUAUGUAGUCAAAUGUGCAUCCCCUUCCGUAUUCUUGCACAACUAAUCCCAUGAUAACAGCUAGAGCCAGACUGAAUUUUUCAAUCUCGCUCUAUCAUUUUUAAGUCUAUACUAAAAAUAGAUUGUAGCGUUGGGCAUUCUUUGACUAUAAAAUAGGAAGAAAAACUUCUUUCCAACAUUUGCCAAGGAUUGCUGCUAUCUUUGCACUCUCUGCUGGAGGAAUACUUAGGAUGAAACGUUUUAAAAUGGAUAUUGUGUGCCAUCUAUGCAAAUUGCUCAGUAUUCACAAUAUUUUUCUGGACUCACAAAUGAAAGAUGCUUAUUCUGUAAAGGGUUUCUUGUUAAUUGAAUAAAGGAAGGAGGAGGUAGAGAGACACGAGGAGAGAAGGGAGAGAGAAGGGGGAGAUGUUACAGUUAUAUUUGUACUUUUAGGGAGGAUAUUGGAAGUGCAACAGAAGUGUGGAGCUGUUUGAUAUGAGUAUAAGCUUUAGAACCAUAAGCAAGCCAUCUUUAGAAAUAAUUAAAUGGUAUUUAUAGGGUUGAAAAGGAGAACAAAAAGGUCAGAGCAGUGAGGCAAGCCAGUAUGGCUAAGAAGUCUUAACAAUCAGAGGAAGAAAACCUUUCUUGGGCAUUAAGUGUAGUUUUCUGCGUCUACACUCUUGACUGGACCUUUUAUAUUUCCACUGGAGAGCUGACCAGGUGUCAUCCUUUACAUACAACACCAUCAUCAUAUAGUUUGGAAACAUCCUAAUGCUUGGCUUUAAAAAGCUAUCCUGCAAAAAGCAAGAAGGAGCCCCGUAAGCCGCAUUUAGUAGCUAUGCGAGUGGAUUAAUAAGCAAGUUGGUAGACUUCAAAACUUCCAGUCACUCAAUUUUCGAGUUUGGGUCUGAAAUAGGCAUACAACUCCUUUUACUCUUUGCAGGGUGGGUGUCUCAGAGAAGUUCAGUAUUUAUCACUAGCUUGUUUGGAAAACCCCCAAGAGGUUGUAAUACUGGAAAAUAAUUUUCAAAUAGCUGUUUCAGCUAUCUGUACAAAAAAGUAUAGAUUCAGUUGCAUUGCUGUAAUAUUGUCUGCUACAUUAACUGUACAUUAAUGUCAUUUAUGUAAAUGUACCAUAUUUUAUUAACAAUUUAACUUUGUUAAACUUUA